GUCAGUUGUGAAUUAGCAUUAGCAACCCAAAUAUCAUCAAAAAAGAUAAUAGGAAUAUAUAUUCAUGCAUAAACUAAUACUUUUUUCUUUUUGAAUUGUGCCGUUAACCCAAGUCUUUGCUUAUAUUAAUAGUUAGUCUUCUAUCAAAACUCAGAUCAUCUAAAUCACUAGUACUCUCUUCUUUCAUUCCACAAAGAAAGAGUGAAGAAGAGAUGGGACGUAUAGGUGCAAACACCAUUCAUCAGUUCCAAGUUCAACCCAAAAAUGAUCGGCACCAGCUGCAAACUCAUCAAGAAUACACUUCUCAAGUAGUAGAAAGUUUUUAUCAUCAACAAGCAGAGACCAUUGAAGAAAUACCUCCACCAUCGACUGAGCUUUUCCAUGAAGAUCUUUAUCCAGAAGAAAGUCAAAAUGAACCAUCAACAUUUGCAUCACAAGAACUGACAACGCAACAAGAUUCAGUACAACAACAACAACAAUCCGUACUGCAAGCACCUCCCUCAUCAUCCAAGCAGCAAACAAGCAGGCUCGUGACCACACAGCUCUCUCAGCAAAAUGGAAAGACUCAGAGGCCUAGGAAGCAGCCUCAGCCCCAAUCAGGGGCUCUACAGUCACUACAACCUAGCCAACACAACAGCUCCCCGGUUCAUGAUUCUCAACCUCAAGCAGAAGCCUUUCCACCACCUCAGUCUCAACCCUUGCCAUAUGCCUUCCCACCUGCUCAAGAUUAUUACGAGCCCCACGUCUUUCCUCCUACACAGGAAGAAGGGCAAGCAUUUCCUUCAACUCCUACACAUGCCUUUCCUCAACCUCGUGCUCAAUCUGUGCCACAGGCCUUUCCUCCUGCUCAGGACUCUUAUGAACCACAUGGAUUCCCUCCUACUCAGUUAGAGAAGGAAGAUUUUUCUCCAACUCCUAUUAAAGCACAUGCCUUUCCACCACCUCAAUUUGAUCCCAAAUUCUUUCCUCCUCAGGAUGAACCACAAUCCUUUGUACCUCAGAAUCAUAAUGUGCAAGCAGGUACUAAUUUCCCACAACCCAAAGGGCAGUUUCUCCAUGUGGCCAACGGUUUGGUGCAGGCCCACAAGGGACGCCACUGGCAUCUCCCAUGCCACAGACUUUCAUGACGGGAAUCCCUACAAAGCAACUUCUUCUAACUGAAUCUUGGAAGACUGGAUUGUUUGGUUGCAUGGAAGACCCCACAAAUGCUCUCAUCACAGCAUGCUUCCCCUGCCUGACAUUCGGACAGAUUGCGGAGAUUGUAGACUCUGGACAAACUAGUAAGUGAUACAUAGAUAAGAAAACAAAUGAAAAUGAUUACACUUCAUAGCAGUUGUG